UACACUACCGUGUUUAUUCAAUAUUUUUGAUAAACUUAAUAACCAGAAGCCAGUCAUUACUGAGAGAGUUGUUUUUAUCAAGAUAUACAUUUCGUAAUUCUGUUCGCCUUUAAAUAUUCUCUAUUCAGAAUUAUUGUUAUUUCUGACAAACUAUGAGCAAAUUACCGAAAGGAACAGAGCUAAAAGAAAGUGAAAAAAAUAUUCGCAAACAAGCAAAGCAAAUUGUAGAGCGAAAAUAUUCAAAUGUUUUCAAAAGACCAACACAUUUAUUCAUGCACGAAAAAAAUAUCUCCAGUAUCCCCGAACCAAAACAUCCAAGUAACAUAAUCUACGCUUAUUAUCACAACAAUAAAAUUGAAAAAAUUGAAAACAUCGAACUCUUAUACAAUCUGACGCAUUUACAUCUACAAUGUAACAGAAUAAGCAAAAUUGAAGGCUUACAGUGCCUUUAUAAAUUAAAAAAAUUGUAUUUAGGCAACAAUCGGAUUAAUGUUGUUGAGAAUUUGGAGAAUUUAAAAUAUUUAGAAGAACUACACGUUGAGAAGCAAAAUCCAGAAGGAUUUGAUGGAUUGUGUUUCGAUCCGAGGACUACUUUAUCUAUUGGCGCUUCUCUUAAGGUUUUAAAUGUAUCAGAGAAUAAAUUAACAGACGUAGCGUGGGUGAAGCCACUGCGACGUCUCGAGGUGCUGAUCGCUAAAAACAACAAACUCGAUGAUGUUAAAACAGUAGCUGAUGAUUUGUGCACACUGACCUCAUUGGUCGACGUAAAUUUUAUUGGAAAUCCCUUAACGAAGAAACAUAGAUAUAAAGAGACUUUAAUCGCUAGAUGCGCUCAAUUACGUCUAUUAGACACUGUCAUAAUUCAUACGAAAGCAAAGACAUUCCUCGAGAAUUUCGACAAAAUUAUUCGCCUGCGACAACUAAACGAACGCAACAGAAUCAGCAUGAGUAAGGAGGGCGUGGAUCAGUUCUUCGACUUGAACAUGCUUCCGGGACCAAGGGCGCAAAGUGCUCUGUCUAUUUCUGAGUAUUCGAAUCAGAAGCCUAAAGUUACGGCAAUAGAUUCGACCUACACGUUUAUGCCACGAGCUUUUUGGCGGUCACGUCCUGCGCCAGUGCCUUUCGAUAUAAUUCCAGAGAAAAAAUUGACAGUUUCAAUAACACCAAAUGGCUUAGCAGACGGUAUCACAAGUCAGUCUGGAGUUGAAUAUUUUGUGAUGCCGUGUGAGGAAGAAAUGACAAUGAGUGAGUUUUUGGAUACUUUGGAAAAUAAGAGGUCAAACUUCAUUACGUACAUACAAAAACAAAAUUCAAAUUUGACUGAAGAUUUCUCUGAAUUGCUGGUUGAUGUAAAUCGUGAAAUACCGUUUGCGACUAAAGCAUUCAACAAGAGACCUGACGCUGUCAACUUUUGGAUGGGCGAUAAAAGAGCUGUUACUUCCAUGCACAAAGAUCCGUAUGAGAAUAUUUACUGCGUGAUAGAUGGAUACAAAGACUUCAUAUUGAUUCCACCGACAGACCUACCUUUCGUGCCGUACAAAAAGUAUAAACAGGCAGAGUUCAAAAGGAACGGCUCUGAUUGGGAUAUAGUUCCUCUUAAUGACGGUGUGAACUAUGACCUGCCUUGGGUGUGUAUUGAUCCGAUGGACCCGGACUACGACCAAUAUCCCGAGUUCAAAAAAGCCCAUAUGUUCAAAGUCCGGCUGUACAAGGGCGACUCCUUGUACUUGCCCAGCCUCUGGUUCCACCACGUCAGGCAGAGCCACGGCUGCAUCGCGGUCAACUACUGGUACGACAUGGAGUUCGACGUAAAAUAUUGCUACUUCAAAAUGCUGGAGACAUUGUGCGCCAAGUAUUAAACUUGUUUUUUUUUUUAUCUCAGCCACCAACUUCAUAUUAAAAACAUUUUUUUUUUUGUAUUAUACCGCAGCAAUAAUUGGUA